AACUACUAUCUUACAUCAAGCAAGGGGUGCGUAGGCCAAGUGUGCAAUGCUUCUUUCAGCUUCAAAGACCUUGUGCGCACGAUGUUGCACAGCUCUUCCCAUUAGAAGAAAUUUUAAUGGCGUCCACUAAAUCUUUGCUUUGACGCCUUGAUAGAUGCAGAUGAAGUAAAUCAUGCUGCAAUCUUCAAUAAAGAGAGCGAGGAUGCAGGGACUAGCCAGCCGUAAGUAACGGCACUCAAUCCCCAUGAGGUCGACUGAAGUGAACGGCUGGGGUUCAAACAUAGAAGACAAGGCACAGAAAAACGAAGGAAAAGUGGGCUGGAGGAUGGACAAAAGGAUCUUUCUUUUAACACCAAGCCGUAGAUAAAAUAAAACGAAGCUAGAGUAAAACUACGGAAACUCAACAAGGGACACUGAUCAAGACAUCUUCUUUGCGGUGGCGUUUUCGUCCCAAAAGAAAAUGAACAUUGAUUAACACCCAAACCUUUGUGAAGUAUAAACACACCAAGACAUCACCGUGAACAGCCUUCUUGGUACCAACUGUGCAUUCCACCAACAGAAACAGGAAUACAGACAAGUAAAGAAAAACAGUAGCAGCUGAAAACACAUCUCCAGGCACGAGAAGCAGAGAUAAAGAGAAUAAUAACAUCAUCACUAUCAUCGUCAUCGUAGUAAUUAGGAAAGAACAACCGGUGACCAAUCACGUGCCACGGAAGCAUCUGUUAUUAUUGACAUUUUAAAGAGCAAAGUCAACAAUGCGUCUAUCAUAGAAUCCCUUAUUUUACUAGAUCAUUCUCAUCUAGCCCUGAAAAUUUAUAUGUAGGUCAAAUUUGCCAUUUCUUUUUCAAGCAAAGAGAAACCUUCAAGGUCAUGGAAAACGAGAGCCACCAUUUUUUCUUCCUGCCUAUCCUGGUCGUCCUGAGCGUGGUCUUCCUGUUCCUCAUAUCCGGCAUUCUGGACACGCUCAUCGAGGCCUGCGACCGACAGGACUGUGGACCCAUAACCCGCACCCUCCUCAGCUUCUUCGUCAUCAUCCUGCAGAUCGUGGCCCUGCCCAUUACUCUGUCCAUCAUCGUCCUCACCAUUGUGGCCUUCUGCCUCAUCACCGUUCUGCAGGCUCUAGGCUGGGCGUUUCUCAUACUGGUCAGCAACCCUGUCGGCAUUGCUCUCCUCGCCAUAGUGACGUUCGGAUAUUUUAACACGUCACAGUAGGAAGCACGAUCAGUUAUGACUGAGAGGAACAAUUUAGUAAUGUUUCAGAUUUUAAAAAAGCAAGAAUUGUAUCAAUUCAAUCUUACAACCUUGUUUUGGAUAUGCUAUAUAAAUAGGUAUUAAUUUUUCAUCAAAUGUAAAAUCUAAAAACUCUUCAAUAAUUAAUACACUGAACAAAUGUUAAAGUCAGUUCCAAGGGGUGGGAGCCUCGGCCACAUCAAUAUUGUCCAGUUGUCCAGGAAAAGUUCUCGUGACGUUUAAACAAAGAAUAUAAGCCUAGGCUACUAUUCUCGGAAUGUAAUUAUUCAAAUCGUGGCACUUUAAGCUCAUGAGGACACGCAGAGAAGCGUUGUUUUCAGAUAUCAGGUUACACGACAUGUCUUUACUGUUUUCUGUCCUGAGCCACAUCACAUUAAAACGCCAAGCUUCGCACUUUUA